UAGGAAAUCGACUAGUUGAAAUGACUAAUUGAGAUAUUGAAAUGGAAUCAACGCAGACUAAUUGAUAGCGAAAAACGGUACAAAGAGCCAUUAAUUGCAGCAAUUUCACCUGCCACAGGUCACCAGAUCGCCACACCGCGUUCCAGAAGCUGAAAACGCAACCGAAACCCCACAAAGACAGCCUGAGACAGCGUCGCAAAGUGGACAACUCCCAGUUUUCAGAGCAGCAUCACCUGCAGCAGGAGGAGCAUCGCGACAAAAAGGCGAGACUGAGGCGCAGCAGAAUGUCCUCGCUGUCCGCGUCCGCGGAGAAUGUGUCCAGCCUGGGCCUAGGAGCCGGAGGCGGUGGCGGCUCCCACGACGGCAACUCGCAGCAGGGAUCGGACGGAGGAUCGAGCAUGUGCCUGGAACUGGCCCUGGAGGGUGAGAGACUCUGCAAGGCCGGCGACUGCCGGGCAGGCGUCGCCUUCUUCCAGGCAGCCAUCCAGGCGGGCACAGAGGACCUGCGCACCCUGUCCGCCAUCUACUCGCAGCUGGGCAACGCCUACUUCUACCUGGGCGACUACAACAAGGCGAUGCAGUACCACAAGCACGAUCUCACGCUGGCCAAGAGCAUGAACGAUCGGCUGGGCGAGGCCAAGUCGUCGGGCAACUUGGGCAACACGCUCAAGGUGAUGGGUCGCUUCGACGAGGCAGCCAUCUGUUGUGAGCGCCACCUGACCCUCGCCCGCCAGUUGGGCGACCGCCUCUCCGAGGGACGGGCGCUCUACAAUCUGGGCAAUGUGUACCACGCCAAAGGAAAGCAUUUGGGCCAGCGGAACCCGGGAAAAUUCGGCGACGAUGUGAAGGAGGCCCUGACUCGCGCCGUGGAGUUCUACCAGGAGAACCUCAAGCUCAUGCGGGAUCUGGGAGAUCGUGGAGCCCAAGGCAGGGCAUGUGGUAACCUGGGAAACACGUACUACCUGCUGGGCGACUUCCAGGCGGCCAUCGAGCAUCACCAGGAGAGGCUUCGCAUUGCCAGGGAGUUCGGCGAUAGGGCAGCGGAACGACGGGCCAACAGCAACCUGGGAAACUCGCACAUUUUCCUGGGACAGUUCGAGGACGCGGCCGAGCACUACAAGCGUACCCUGGCCCUGGCCAUGGAGCUGGGCGAGCGCGAGGUGGAGGCACAGAGUUGCUACAGUCUGGGCAAUACCUAUACGCUGCUGCACGAGUUCAACACGGCCAUUGAGUACCACAACCGGCACUUGGCCAUUGCCCAGGAGCUGGGCGACCGCAUUGGCGAGGCACGGGCCUGCUGGUCGCUGGGCAAUGCGCACUCCGCCACAGGUGGACACGAGCGAGCGCUGCGAUAUGCGGAGCAGCAUUUGCAGCUGGCCAAGGAGCUGCACGAUCCAGUUGGUGAGAGCACGGCCAGGGUUAACAUCUCGGAUCUGCGUAAGCUGCUUGGAAUGCCGGAGUCGGAGCCCUCGCCCACCGAGGAGGAGGCGCGUUCGAGCGCCUUGGACCACUCGGCCAGCGGUCAUCAGUCGGAUGGCUCGGAGAACUCACAGGGAAGAAUGGUGCGUGUUCGUCGCCAGAGCAUGGAGCAAUUGGACCUGAUCAAGAUCACGCCGGAUGGCAAGCGCCUACAAGAGGAGAAGCACCGGGCGCAGGCCACCACAAAAGCCAAAGACGACGACUUCUUUGAGAUGCUCUCCCGUUCGCAGUCAAAGCGCAUGGAUGACCAGCGCUGUUCGAUCAAAAUAAACCAAGCUGGAGCUCCGGCAGUGGCCACCGGCGCCACUCGCAAGCCGCUGGUGCAGCAGAACUCGCUGUUCGUGGACCCCACCAACCUGCCAGGUCUGAAGUCGCCAACGACGGCCAAUGCUGCCGCCAUCGGUCAUGGGCAUGCGCAUCCUCCGCUGGCUAGAAGUGCCACCACUACUCAGCAACCAGACGACGCCUUCCUGGACAUGCUGAUGCGUUGCCAGGGCUCGCGGCUGGAAGAGCAACGUUCGGAGCUGCCACGCCCCAAUGUCACAAUGGAUGCGGAGGCAGAAGCGCCGCAGCCACAAGCUCCGGAUGUAGCUGCCGGAGGCGCUGCCCGCGGACAGACUGGACGCGGAGCCACAGUGCCCGACGAGGACUUCUUCUCGCUGAUCAUGAAGGUGCAGAGCGGUCGCAUGGAGGAUCAGCGCGCCUCGAUACCGUUCCGCAGUGCAAACAACAACAACAACAGUCGGAGCAACAACAACGGCUCGGCUGGCGGGGCUGGAAAGUAGAGGAGCCGGAAUGAGUCCAGAAUGUCAGUCCAACCAGAAACAAUCCUAUCAGUCCAUCCCUGGCCGCAACUCCCAAAUUCAUUUUUGUUAUACCUACGUACAUCUUGCGGCCAUUUUUUUCAGCUGUUUAGCCGGCGGCUAAGCAUUUUGUUCUUUUUAUAAGAUUUAUAUACAAACACACGUAAUGGAUUAUUAAUUUAUGACUACCGACUAACCAAGUAACCAAAUAUUAGGGGCGUGCGUGCCCCGAACACGAGCGGAAGCAGAAACAGGCGCAGAAAGAAAGAGAAACUACCAUUGGGUGAUGAGGCACUCACUCAUCCAGUCAUGACUCAUUACACACUCACCUUGGAGAGAGCUGGCCAUGAUAUUGAACAAUCUGCACACGAGUUUUACGAUAUUAACGUUUGAAUUGCAUGUGAAUCUAGCUUAAGCUGAUUGUGAACUAAUCCCAUUUGCUCAAUAGACGGAACCAAGUCUUCUCUACGAUCAACGAUCUUUACUACUACUAUAUAUGUAUACAUUCUCUAACCGCAUUCAGCUAAACCCUAAGUUUUAAGUCUAACGAAAAUCCACAUACAUAUACCGAAUAAGCAAUGCAUUUUCCAAAUCAAAAAUCUACAAAUAUUUCCAAUUGUA